AUGUCAGCUGUUAUUGCUGCUGCUGUUCAACUGUCUUCUGCAGGAGGACAACCUUCUUCACUUUCAUUAGGCAGUGCAUCCAUCUUACAACCAUUUUCUAAACUUGAAAAGAAGCAGCGCCGAUUUUCUCUGUUCUCUUGGAAAAAGCCUGCACAGACAUCAACAUCUCCUGUUUCGCCUACCACACCUUCUACACCUGGAUUGGAGCACUCACAUUCUCUUGAAUCUUGUAUUUCCUCCAAUGCUGAAGAGGAAGAAGAAGAUGCUCAUACACCACGCAAUUCAUCCUCUUCUGCUGUCAUUGUGGACGAUGGUCGUGACGAACUUGUCUAUCGUGGUAUUCAGAUCAAAGAAAUCAAAACUACAUUAAAGCCAUUGGUUAUUUCAGAUGAAGUGCGUAACCCAAUGCCUCAAGUAAAGCUUGAGAGACCUGGCUUUGCUCGUAUCAAUUAUUAA